GUGUACUCGUGAGGAUACUGUAUACUCUUUAAAUAGGAUAGGAGAAGCUGUACUUGUCAUCACCAAUUAUAUCCUGAACCCUUUUUGUCGAUCAUCCUCCGGCUUUCACGCAUUAGUCCCCGGAAAAUCAACACCCAACAUCAAACCUGUCAACACCACAACCAACUACCAUCAUCAACAUGGCCACUCGUCGCUCCGCAGAGAAAUCUCCUUCUCCCAAGAAUGUUGUCGCAUCUUCGGGCUCUCCAAAGCCCUCUGACUCAGAUGUGACCCCUGCCGUUCCCACAAAUGUGAUCAUGAAACUUCUCGGAUUUUCCUUCGCCAUGGUCGUCAUUCCUAUCGGGAUGUACUUUGUUACGGUAGACUUUGGAGCAAGCCCCACAGUCGGCGGUAUUGUGGCCGCCAUCAUGGCUAACGUAGUUCUCGUCGCAUACAUUUAUGUUGCGUGGAAGGAUGAUCAGGCGGAGAGGGAAGCUGACGCCAAGUAUAAGGAGAAAAAGGCACAGUAAAUGGUACAGCCACUCUGUCUUGUUGUCUUUGUUGUUUUCCUUUCAUUUUAUUCCUGGCUCUGGGGGCCCUGUAUUGCAGAGAUGGCGUUCAUGGAUCGCUCUGUUUUCGCAUGCUAGGUAUGUACUUGUCGUCUCGUUUGUCUUGAAAGCUAUGUCGGGAUAGUAUGUAUGUAAUGGUUUAG